GCAUAAAUUUGGGAGGUGAAAAUAAUGGCGAAGCAUCAUCCUGACUUGAUAAUGUGCAGGAAGCAACUUGGGAUUGCAAUUAGAAGACUUUGCGAGAAAUGUGAUGGAAAAUGUGUAAUUUGUGACUCCUACGUUAGGCCUUGCACCCUUGUAAGGGUAUGCGAUGAAUGCAACUACGGAUCUUUUCAGGGGUGUUGUGUCAUAUGUGGAGGAGUUGGGAUUUCAUAUGCCUAUUACUGCAAGAAAUGCACCCAACAUGAGAAAUAUAGAGAUGGCUGUCCAAAAAUUGUUAACUUAGGGAAGUGCUAA